AUGCCAGGGUCCGGCAUUGGGCUCGCAGUUGCAUCGUAUCUAUUAUCGCAAGGCUGGUUGGUAGUUAUUAGUGACAAAGAUGCUGUUGCUGGAGAAAAAGCCGCUGCAGAACUGGGAUGCAAGUUCUUCGCUGCAGACAUCACCAAUUACGACCAGUUGGCACAAACAUUCGCCCUCACAUGGCAACAGUAUCACCGCCUAGACUUUGAACACUAUUAUGACGAGGAGCCACUCGUUGUCAGCUCUGAUGGUUUUGAGUCGCUACCAAUACCUGCAUUCUUGAUGACUGCAAAAGUAAACUUCAUAGGUACACUUCAAACGGCGUACCUGGCUCAACAUUACCUGGCCCGAAACGGAGGUGGCUCUCUGAUCUUCACUGCAUCUUCCGGCUCUCUAUAUCCAUCUGCGGCAGUACCCGUCUAUUCCGCAUCAAAACAUGGGGUCCUUGGCUUCGCUCAAAGCAUUGCCAAAUACUCUUGGGAGGAAAAGAACAUCCGAGUUAAUUCUCUCUGCCCCGGAACCAUCAUCACUGGGCUCACAGAUGAGAAAAACUGGGCUCGCUUUCCCAAAGCUCAUCUUACACCGAUGAAGAAGCUCGUAGAUGUAGUGGGUAUUUUGCUUGAUGACCCCGCCAUUCACGGCAAGGCGGUUGAGAUUAGUGGACUAAAUCACUACUUCCAUUCGCCGAGAACACCAGUGGAUGAGAGUAUGGUUGUGGCCGUGGAUGAGGUACAAAGUCGAUCAUUUUUGUAA